UUUUGACUUUGGAAAUAUAUAUAGGCUUGUGCCAUGCAAUUAGCUGUAUGUAUAAAUAGACCACGAGCCAAGGUACAUGGAUUUGGGUCGUUGACAUCUAGGUGUAUAUUUUUCAUUUUGAUUACGGCCUAACGCACCGGCCUUUGACUUGAGCAUUUCGUGAGGGGUUUGACAUAUUUUCUAGCUACCUCCACCAGCGCAUCACGGAAUCCGCGAGCUAUAAAGAUCCACAGCCAUUAUGUGCACGUAAGACAUCGAUGCGGAUGGCGCCGCGCUCUUGUCGGCUUCCCCUGCUUCUGCUCUUCGCCUCGGCGACGGCCAUCUCCUGCCACGGCGCCGCGACUGGCUCCGGCCACUACAGCUUCCCGGUGUUCGACGGCAAGUCAAACACCGACGGCGUCGUGGUGGUCACCAACUCGUCCAUGCUGGCGCCGGCCACCUUCCUCUUCGACGCCCAGAUCUUCCCGGAGUUCAACGAGUCCAAGGGCUUCGUGCUCCUCUCCCGGGCCGUCGCACUCUGGCGCGCCGCCGACGAUGGCACCCGCGAUGAGGCGUCCUUCAGCACCAGCUUCACGGUGGACGGCUCGGACACGGUCGCGUUCGUCGUCCUCCUCGACAGCUUCCCGCCGUUCAACAGCAAGAACAGGAAGCCGCCACGGGACAGGAAUGGCCCGGCCUUGUCUACCGUUGCUGCCGUGUCGAGCGCCGCCAACAGCCUCGCCGCCGUGGAGGUUGGCACGGUAAGCUCGUACGGUCCACGGCCACCUCCGGGCGUCGGCCUAAACGUCACCAUCACGCCGAACAGCUCGUCUGCGGCCAGAGCCAGCCAGCUCGCCGUGCGGAUUGAAUACAAAGCCUCCGUGCACCGAUUGUCGGUCUACGUCGGAUACGCGGACGCCGGCGACAGCACACCCGCCCUCCUCGAAGCGCCGCUCGACCUCGCCGGCCGUCUGCCUGCCCAGGACGCGCUGGUGGGGUUCUUCGCCGCGACGGUCCGGGACGUCGUCGUCGGCGUCAGCGGCUGGGACCUGACGGUCGACGCUCUACCAGACGACGACGACGGCGACGCUGGACCACCGCUUCAAGAUGGCGACGAACAGAGCGCGCGGUUGUCGCCGUCAUCGCGGCUGGCGAUACUGCUCGCGGUGCUGGGUUCUGUGGCGGCCGUGUGCGUCGCCGUCGUCUCCGUGAUGUUGUACCGCGUCGUGUCCAGGCGCAGAGCGGUGGACAUGGAGGUGCAGAAAUGCUACAAAGAUUACUUCGCGAGGACGACUCACUGAUCGAGUCAAGUCAAGUGGUUGGUGUGACUUCAGUGACUGUGUGUGACGACAAUACAUAGCCAGCUGCUGCUCGCCCGACGGGAUCCUGUUUCGCCUGACAAUACCUAGCGAAGAAGGCUUUGCACAGCGAUCAAAUUGCUCGUCCCGUUGGAAGAUUCACAAGGCCGGUUUGGGUGUCCGCAUUUUCCAGAACAAAAGGAGUCCCAUGCAUGAAAUUUUUCAGGAAUAUGAACAUGCAUAUAGGAGCAUGUUGUCAGCAUAAUCUAUACUCUAAUGACUUGACUGGAACAUGCAUAUCAGAGCAUGUUGAGUUAUAGUAGUAUUUGUUUAGAUAAGUUUUUUUUCUCUUUCCUUACGUAUAGAUUUGAUCACAAGAAUCAAUUAAAAUAUUAUACG